CGAUUGUGCAUUCAAAUGCUUUGUUUUCUUCGUCACUGAUAUUUGGAAGUCGGUCAUAGCUGGCUUGGUACGUUAAACAAAUGAUCCUCAUCGCCAACCUUCAGGCUCUUGUGUUGGCUGUUAAACAAACGGAAUAGAUCCUCAUCUCCUACCACAAGAUGGCAAGUGCACCAGCAAGCAGUUCCAUAUCGGAAGACACAAUUUCAAGUCAUAUCCCACCGAAGCCUUCACGGAUAACAAAAAAAACGGGUUGAUGACCACGAAUUAAAGCAAGAACCUUCUUUUCUCAAAGAUUCAGAUGCAGUUAAAGAAAGUUUGCAAUAUACAUUUAAACGUAUAAAUGAAGAUAUGCGUCAAAUGAAUAUGUUAGUAUUAGGACUGCAGGAAAUGCUGUCAACUGUCAAUAUAUACAAAAAUAUUAAACAGCAGUUAAGUGAUGCGUAUUCUAAAAACAAAAAACUCAGAAAAGUUCUUGAAGAACACCAGCGCAUUUUUAACAUUUUAAAUGCAGAUUUGCAGGAUGCAAUGGAAAAAAUCCAAAGAGAAAAUCGAACUUCAUCAAAAAGAGAAGAUGAAAUAAAAUCAUUGAAAGUAGCACUACAAAGAAAGGAAUAUGAAAUUAAGGAAAAGGUGACUGAAAAUGAAAAAAUAAAAAUUGCACUGGAAAGUAAAUCAAAAAUUAAUGAUAUUUCUCAUAAACAGUCUUUAGAAGAAAUGAUUUCUCACCAAAAAGAACAAAUGCAAAUUGAUGAGGUAUCGACUUUAAAUGGACACAAACACACUGUUGAAAAUCUCCUCAAAAAUAUGAAUUCACUGAAUGAAGUUGAUGAGUUGCAAAGUGAGACAAGAACUGAUCUUUUCAACGAGUUACAUCAAAGUAACGUCGAACAAGAAACAAUUGAAAUACACCAUGGACAGGUUAUAUCUGAAAACAUAAUAAUAGAGGCAUGUGGUGGUUUGGAAUCCCCAAAUAAAAGCGAAAGACAAUUAAGACACAUAAGAGAAGAAGUACUAACAAAGCUGACGGACAAAUUAAGACACUCAAGUGCACUAUCGCUGGACGAUGAAGGUAAAGCGAUGCUGCAGCCUGUACGCGUACAUUUGGAGGCCGAAAUACAGACUUUAAAAUCUGAAAUUGAGAAACAAAAACAUUUCCAAAGGACUGCCGAAGAAUUUGCAAACAGCCAGAUAGAUUACCUUGGACAGCAGAUUCAAAAGCUAAGGAACCAACAACAUAAAGCAGAAACAUUUGCAAACGAAGAAAUUACAAAAUUAGAAGAUGAAAUAGAAGAACGAAAACGAACCCAGACAACAGCCAAAGUGUUUGCAGAACGUUGUUUGGAAAAGCUUGAAUUUCAGCUUAAAGAAGAAAAAAAUAAACGGAUAUUCGCCGAGAAACAUGCUAGAGUGGAAAUCUUAAAACUGGAAGACGCCAUAGAAGUGAAGAAAAAAUCUCUUAUACUUGCGGAAACGUUUGCAGAAAGAGAAAUAUCUACAUUAGAAGCGAAGAUAGAAAGAAAGGAAAGCACACUCAACUUGGUUCAAAGAUUUGCCGACGCCGAGAUAACGAGACUUGAAGACGAAGUAAAUGCAUGUUCACAUUUAAAAGACGUAUUGGAAGCCGAGGCUUCAUCUUUGAGACUUGAAGAUAAAGAAGAACCUCAGUUUUCGGAUGAUAAUAGAACACAGUCUUUCUUCAGCCUGCAGUCAAUGGAGGAAAUACAAGAUAGAUACCGGUUUCUUGAGGAAAACAACAAGAAUCUUAGAGAAGAAAUAGAAAAGCUUAAGUCACACAGACACGACUUAGAUUGUAAGCAGACACCGAAAAAAGUGAACUUCUUAAAGAAAUUGGCAUAUGUUAUUAAGAAAUCACCGACUCCGCAAACGUCCAGAACGAAAACUCCAGAUUUACAUUUCAGUGAUGUAAUGGCAACUACUCCUCCUACAAGUUUGUCCUCAUCAGUGUAGCAGCAACAGACAACAGUCAAUACAGACAUUUGGAUGAGACUGUUACGAGUUCUUAAGUACGGAAGGUGAAAUUGUUGUUCGAGUUGAAUAUAUUCCAUACAACACAGAAGCUUUUCAUAACCUUACCUACUCCGCCGUUUAAAAAUGGAGGAUUGUUUGCCAUUUAUAUCGGAUAUUGUUUACAGUAAAUGUUCAACAAGCAGGCUUUCUUUGAAACCAUCAAAUCUACCAGGUUGUUUUUUCCUGUCAAUAUUGAUAUUUUUGUUUGCCUACAAUGAAUGUUUAGAUAACGUUUUUAACACAUGCCCAGUUUAUGUAAAAGACGGAUGACAUUUUUACUUUAUCCUGACUUAUUUUGUGUAACAAUGUUGUAAAAGCAGUAUAAUUGUAAAUGUCAAACCACUUUAGUUAAGCUAUUUGUUUUUAUGUAAAUAACAUUUCAUCUGAUUUGUUUCGUAUUUGUCAUUGUUGCCAAACACUGCUUUAUUACAGCCGUCCGUCUUACCAUUAUUUCAUCUUACAUUUUAACCUAAUUUAAUACACAUCAAUUUUUUGCUGUUUCCAAUGACGUCAUUUAAGUAUAAAAGUACAUUUUUGAUACCCAGUAUCUUAUAUAAUAUGUCAAAUUAAUCAAUGCAAAAAGUUAAAUUAUGAAUAUCAAUUUUAUAUCAAUGAACAUCCUGAAUCAUCAUGUUUGUGAAAUCAGUUAUUCAUAAUGCUGGUUUUAAGGAACUAUAUCAUGCUUCAUUAUAUAUGUGUAUAUUAAGAUAGUGUGAGUUCCAGCAAACAUCUAUAUAUAGGUAUCAUUUUGACAGAGUAAAAAGAGGAGUUACGAAGUACAACAUGUACACUCAUAUUUUUGUUCGAUUUGCUACACGUACAGGUUCAAUUUUAAACUCCUUUACAAAAUUUAUCUCUUUACAAUAUUUCUGAUCUAUCAUUAAUCACUUCUUCGUGCUAUCGUUCUUCGCCACCGCUCUAUUAUGUUUGGUUUGUAGUAUGAUGUGAUUCAUUACCCUCAAUUGUCAUCCCUACAUACACAACAAAUAAUUGUACAAAAUAACGUUAUUGAUGUUUAGUACAUUAAUUGACAUAAAUGACUUUUCAAACGUAUUACACUUGCGCAUUAUGUUGCGGAUCAAUGAUUUUGUCUUCAAAUGAAACGUUUGAAAUUUUAUUAUUGUUGAUCACUGUCAUAUAUAUGAAGUUUGUGUAUCCAAUACUGAAGAUCAUUGUCAGAUAGAGUUAACGAGCUUGCGAUGUUAAAUAGAACAACACAUUUAAAUGUAAUAUAGUGUACACUGUUUAUAUCCGAGGUACAUGUAUAUGUAAAUGUCAUUCAUACAUGAACAAUGUACAGUGUACAUGAACAUAUCGUCUCGAUGUGAAUUGAAUUCCUUUUAUAGAUAUACAAAAGGAUUGAAUUACACAAACGAUGUCAUAAGCGGGGUAUAAACGCAGUUGGGCUUAUUAAAAUGUGUUGAGUCCGAACGCGCACUAUAUCCUGUCCAAUUGCUUUCAUAUUCCCGAUUAUGACAUCAAUCACGCAAUUCAUUACUAAUGUUUACACCAAAAAAUGACUUCAUUUCAUAUCAAUGCCUUUCAGUUAUUUCUCAUCCAGUCUGUAAAUAGAAGGAACUGACCGUAACUGCAAAUAGUUUAUCAAAUUACGUCAAAACAACGCGGGAAAAUUCAAUCGCUUCUAAUCACAUUUAAACGUAAAAGUAAUUUAAACGUGAUUCACACUUUCUUACAUUUUGAUUCAAGUUUUUCGAGACCUGCUGACCAAAUACAAAAAGUAAAAGAUUUUUAAUUUCCGUAUACAUUUUAUGCAAUGAUUUGCGAUCCGAACAUGUCCGAAGGUGUUGCGUUUAUCGGAAAGUGUUCGCGAUUGACGAAAUGCAGUUUAUUUAAGGAAUGAAAGUUGAGGUGUAAAUAUUUGUCAUUUAAGCCCAUUCCAAUUUUUUACCUUAUUAAAAAUUGUCUUACUAUUGCAGUUUGCAAUGUAUUUAAAACAGUAAUUUGUUAAUGCUUUUGAAUAAAAUUUUAACUAUAAUAUUCGAAAAGUAAAGUCAACUUUUAUUUUAAAAGAAAAGCCUGCGGACCAUAAUACAAUAUAUAAAACACAAAACAUAAAGUCUAUAGAGUUGUGUUUUCUUUAUCGUCUUGUUUUAUUAUUACAUUUACAAACAGUGCUAUAUUUAUAUGAUGUCAUCAUUUAGACUUUGUAUCAGAUUAAUUUAGUUUUGCCUACCUGUGGCUUUCUUUUCUGGGUUUAACAAAGUUUUAAAAUGCUUAUAAGUGUCACAUCGUGUAGAGUCCCUCACAUUUUUGAACCAGCUUUGUCUUAUACAAUCAUCUAACCUUUGUUUAAAUUAUAUUAACAGAUCACAAACAUUUUCAACUUAAAGACUUAGCCAAACAAAACAAAAAAAUAUUUGUAUAAUAAAUUCUUCACAGAUGUAGCCCAAUUUUUCCCAUCAAUGUUAUCAUGUCGUUCAAUAGCAGUUUCAUGUAUUACGUCAUUAGACAUAGAGUAGUUUGCAUCAGUACUCGAUACAUUUUACAUGAUGAUCAAUACAUAAAGGAAACCCCUGUAUAAUAUGCAUUCAGCCAUAUAAAUACAUUUUUCACACGGUGCCAAAACCCGGCUUUUAACAACGCUGUCUAUGCCUGAAUGAAAAGAUCCUUUCGAUUGGUCACUGGUAACGUUCUGAAAAUUAUUGAUACACCCAUAAUUUCCUAAAAUAAAUGUCGGUACACGCAAAAUUGAUGAGUACAUCCAUAAACAUUUAACUGGUAAAUUCUUAUAAUUAUUAUGGGUGCAUAAACUAUGUGAGUACCGUAUACAUGUGAUUAAGGACCAUAUCGUACAACAUAUUGAUGUCAUUUGCCGGCAUUGCCAGUACGCUAGCAAUAUGGGCUUUACCUCGAUUGUUUGAGAUAGUACGUAUCGCCCUUACACUUUGUUAACUCAA